GCUGUUCCAGCUGAAAUACUAGGAAUAAUUCUACCACUUCUACUAGGAGUAGCCUUUUUAGUGCUAGCGGAACGUAAAGUAAUGGCUUUCGUGCAACGUCGAAAGGGUCCUGAUGUAGUGGGAUCGUUCGGAUUGUUACAACCUCUAGCAGAUGGUUUGAAAUUGAUUCUAAAAGAACCUAUUUCACCAAGUAGUGCUAAUUUCUCCCUUUUUAGAAUGGCUCCAGUGGCUACAUUUAUGUUAAGUCUGGUCGCUCGGGCCGUUGUACCUUUUGAUUAUGGUAUGGUAUUGUCAGAUUCGAACAUAGGGCUACUUUAUUUGUUUGCCAUAUCUUCGUUAGGUGUUUAUGGAAUUAUUACAGCAGGUUGGUCUAGUAAUUAGGGGGCGGCCGUUCGGUCGCCUAUGAGACUAGGACCCAUAGGUCAAAAAUGGGUUAGUGCCGCAGGUGUUGAACGAUCUACUCUACACAGGUGUGGGCUUACAGGGCUAGGGCUCAUAAACCCUUUCUUUCAUUCAAAAAGAGGCCCUGGCUUCUUAAUACUACCAGCUUUCCGGGCCGGGAUCGAUAGAUAAGUGGAAGUCAUAAAAAAGAGAUCUUUCUCUUCGCACCUAAGAUCAAGAGGAAGGGUAGCUUGUCAAGCUGGCCUAUAAAAAAUAGAUAUAUUAUUCUUUUAAUAUCAUAUCUUAUAUAUAUUUUAAGAUUCACUGUCUUUUAACCAGCUGUUCUUCUUUGUCAACGCUACUAAGGACCUAUGGGUUAGCCUACUAUACCCUACUAAUGUAUUGUAUAGUAGGGUGGGUAUAGUAGGCGAGCGAGUUAGCGAAGACGCUUAGGCUAAUAGAUAAGAGAGCGCUCACCCAGAAAGGGGCGUAGCCUUCAUUCUACUACGCUACGCAAAGGUUACGAAGUCACUUAGCUCGACGUUAGGAGAGUAAAGGGGGAAGGCCAUACCCACAUAGAAGAACCGCUAUUCGCUUACUUUCUAAGGUCUAACCUUUUGCUCCCCUACUGAAAAGGGGCACAAAGCCGCUUUGCACCACUGAUAGACUACUUAAGAUUCAAUUCAAAAGGCCCUACUUAGUUUUGCAAGCCUUUGUCAUUGUAAGUCAACUAAGUAGGGCCUGAGGCCCCCUGCGAAUCCGUAAAUCUGAGGAGCAUGCCGCAACACAACAAAAGGAUGGUUACCGCUGCAUUUCAUUAUUUCCGGAAGGGAAAAAAGACAAGUACCCCCAUCAUGGUGAACCUCUCCUUGUGAUCGGGAUGAGGUAGAUGCCUCCCAGCUGGGGGGCGGAUCGAAUCGGAGUUUCCUUAGGUAGCCACCGACCCACAGUUAUCCUUAAACUUCCGUGCUUGGUGGAGAAGAAGCGAACAAAGGUACUCUCGCUUGCUGUCUUGUUCUCUGCCGCGAACUGGGAUCGCUCGCCAGCUAGGUCAGAUUGGAGCAAGAAUUUAUGAGAACAUAUUACCCUUCCUCGGGGACAAGGGACGGAACGACCUCUCGAUCUGCUUACUGCAGCCCAGGAAGAAAAACAUCGUCUAGGCAUUCCUUGUUGCUCUGAUCUCCCCGACGCCUAGGACGUUGUCUGGGCCAAGAGCCAUAGUUAAUUGCUGUUUCCAUUUGGUUGUUUUUUUCUUGUUGUUGAUACCGGCAAGACCCAGCCAUAUGAUGUCUGCUGGUUGGUAGUAAGAGGACUCGUAGUACCCGCAUACCCAAAAAAAAGGAGGCGCUGAUUCCAAAAAUUUCAUUUGAUUUAGUUUCUUACUCCCCCUUAGCAGCGGGAAAGGGGUCUAUCUAUCUGCCUAGCUUUGGUAGAUUUCCCCCAACGCAAUCCAUAUAAAUUCCACGAAUCCCUUGGUGGAUAAGUCCGACGACUCAGCAGCAGUGCAGAAUUGAGUUUCUCGUCUGGUGGAUCUGAUCUUUAGGGGGCAAUACAUACCAAAAGGUGCUUUA